UGAACGACCGUUCUGGGCUCCAUAACCAGCCAAGCGAAGUGAGCGAGGCCGGCCAACCUGAAUCGCGACGUGCACCGUUCGUGAGGUGAUUCGUAAACUCAGGCAGGCCAACUCGAGACGAGACGCACGGUGUACCGAAGUGAGGUAAUGUGCGACUCGUAAUUCAACGGAGGCAAGCGUAUUGAGCGAGCCCCGAUAGAUAUAAUAUAUUUGAAUACCUCUGUUAAUUUUGGUUCUUCUGUUACAGACGCCCAUCCGGAGGAAGACUUCGCUGGAACGGGAUAAAAUAUCAAAUUAUUAUUUUGCGUUAUAUUGUUAUAAUUUAGAGUUAAUAAAUUUGCUUUGUUUUCAACCUGUGUUUUACUGAGUCUGUCGUCCUGAAAGAACUACCCGUUACAAAUUUGGCGCCCGAGCAAAAGUCGAAAUAUACGCAAGUAAACGUCGUUAUUCGACGCCCAGAUAAUACCAAAAAUGCCGACAGAUAAAGACACAGACUCAGUAUCAGGUGCCACGACGGGUACGUCAUGGAUAAAUCGUCUUUCCAAAGAGGAAUUACAGCGCGACGCCGAAAGAUGCGGGUUGGAUUCCAAAGGAACCGUCGACGAGUUAAGAUUAAGACUCAGAACCUUUUAUAAGGAUCGCGGGGAAGCGACAGGAACAAUCCCAAAAAGCAAUACUUCCAAGGAAGCCGAACCAGAAACACUGACCCAAGAAAUUUCAUUAAUCAGAAACCAAUUACAAGACUUAACAAUGACAAAACAAAUGAGGCAAUCAGAUUUGCUAAAUCAAGUGCGGAGGUGGAACACACACUUCGACAAGAAACAUUCGGAUGCAGUAGACUUCAUAGAAAGGAUAGAUGAAUUAAGCCUAGCCUACGAGAUCGAUAAGCAAGAUCUGCUAAAAGCAUUACCAGAAUUGUUAGGAGACCACGCAUUGUCAUGGUACCGAAACAACAACAGAAAUUGGGAUUCAUGGACGGACUUCAUCAAAGAUUUUAAGAAAGCUUUUUAUCCCAGAGAAUAUUUGCUACAGCUAGAGGAGCAAAUCAGAAACAGGAAGCAAAGGAAAAACGAACCAGUGGAUAGAUACAUCACGGAUAUUCAAACAUUGAUCAGACGAGAGGGAUCUUUGUCAAGAAACCAAGAACUCGACAGGAUAUAUAAAAAUAUGCUGCCAGAAUAUAAGCUAUACGCUCGCCGCCGGGAUUUCGAAGACUUAUCGGGAUUGCAAGAAUUGGCCCAAGAGUACGAAACUUUGGAAGACGAAAGGACCCGAGAAAAUAAAAAUUUUCACGGAAAUUGGAGACGUACAGACCCUACAGAAUACGAUGCCAAAAGAAACAUUACGAUUUAAGGCGAAGAAACUGGCGGCCACAUCCAGGAGACCGUGUCAUGAAAAAGGAACACUAUCUAUCAUCGGCUAGCGCAGCGUUCACCAGCAAGUUAGCGCCAAAGUACUCAGGACCAUACACAGUAACAUCCGCGAUAUCGCCAGUAAUCGUAAAACUGAAAUUUGCCGACAGCAACAGCCGUAAGCAGAUAACGGCGCAUGUGAAAGAUUUAAAGCCAUGGGUGGGGGAAGACGUCUCGACAGAAAUCCCAUCCCCACCAAAGGAAAUCACUAUAUAAGCAGCAAUAUUAGCAUUCAGAAUUUAGUUCGUCCACAUCCACCAUGGAAGAUAUUCUAGAAAUUCCUGAACAGAUGACCCCCCUAGGAACGCCAGAGAGACCCGGUCUGCCCGUGACACCAGGGAAAGACGCGGAACGGAUGUUAAAGAGAUUCCACGAACUAUUUGGAACGCCGCCAUCCCCGCCAAGGAAGCAGAGUGUCCUCGAAUCCCCGGCGGCCCCAGAUACACCAACGGGGCUCGAAGCCCAAGCCGCAUCCACUCCAGGAGAACCUCAAACCGCAGAAUACUCUGACCUAUUGGAAGUCGUCCCAAAGCGACUAAUUGAAGGAGGGACCAAAAGAUACAGAAUUUCAUGCAAUAACGGGAGAAAAAUUGUAAUAAAGAUACCACGAGGGAUAGAUGGAAUCAAACGACUAUAGACGCCAAAAAAAAAAAGACGCCCAUCCGGAGGAAGACUUCGCUGGAACGGGAUAAAAUAUCAAAUUAUUAUUUUGCGUUAUAUUGUUAUAAUUUAGAGUUAAUAAAUUUGCUUUGUUUUCAA